AGCCAAGAGCAUCGUGUCCUCCUCUGCGUCUCGUGUAGAGUUGGGAUACGACCAGACGACGGCAUACGACUGCACUUCUGGCGGACGCACCGUCUCAAGGGCGAGGCACUCGGCCAUAUUAUCGACUACAGCCACGCCGCCGAGCCAAUUGCGAACCCGUACACCGUACCAGUACCAGACGACGGAUCACCAUCCAUAGACCAGCUGCCGGUCUUAAAUGGCUUCAGCUGCUCGGAGUGCCGCUUCCUAACGACGAGCCGGAAGCUAAUCAGGGUCCACCGCUCGCAGUCAGGUCACGGUAGUAACUGGAAGGAAGUACGGCUGCAGACCCUAACGCCGGGAAACCAUGCGCGGUACUGGGCAGUCGAGCAAGGACCUACCAGAACGGCCAGUCCCGGCGUAUCCGGCCCUAUUUCUACUUCCUCACAGUACAUAUUAGACGAACGCCUCGCAAGAUACGAAGAAAGCCUAGCGGCCGAGCUAGAGGAGACACGGCGGACGGUUGAUAGCCGGCAGGGACCUAACUUCGAAUCGACCUGGGUCCGCGAGAUGGGCUGGGCAAGGCACCUAGCCGGCAGCGAC